GGUGCUGGUGAUUUCAAGGCUGCAAGGUUUUCAGUGUGGGUGGUUUCAAUCACAUCAGUGGCCAUAGGUUUUGUGGUCAUGAUCGUAGUGCUAUCAACAAAGGAUUUUUUCCCCUACUUUUUUACCACCAGCUCUGCAGUUGCGCAUGAAACAACUAAGCUUGCUGCUUUGCUCGGUGUCACUGUGCUUCUAAACAGCCUUCAACCAGUCCUAUCUGGUGUUGCUGUUGGAGCUGGUUGGCAAUCUCUUGUAGCAUACAUCAACAUUGGGUGCUAUUAUGUAUUUGGAUUACCAGCAGGAAUAAUCUUGGGAUUUACACUUAAUUUUGGAGUAGUGGGUAUUUGGUCAGGGAUGAUUGCAGGCAUAGUUUUGCAGACCAUAAUCCUUAUAGUAGUCACUUCAAUAACCAAUUGGAAAAAAGAGGCUGAAGAAGCAGAGGGUCGUGUGAGAAAAUGGGGAGGAACAAUUGCAUAUGAUCAAUGAUUUUGUUUUGUUUUUCUUUCCUUUUCUUCAUGGCAGUGGAGAAUUAGACUUAGAGUCCAUGGAAUUGUACCAAUAAUGAAGAACUCCGUAUUUUAGGCAUGUAUUUCAGUGAGAUUUUACAAAUUUUGUUUUAGAUUAUAGGCCCAUUUUUAUAGCUUUUGCUAAUAAAAAAGCUACUACUUC